AUGCACUCCCGAACACCGUCGAACAGCUUGUGAUACAGCUUGGUAUCCCGAUUGCUUAUCCUCGAAUGGUGUUCCUUGAGACCAUGCUGGAGUCCAAGCUGAAUCCGCUAGUCGCCCUUGGCAGGAGUGGAUCGUUAGGCCUUGCCGGCUUUGUGAACAAGUUCAAUGCCGAUGCCGAAUUACUGGAUGAUCUGAACGAUCACUGGACUUCCAAAGCACAUAAGCGUGAACGUAACUGGGUAAUUGAGCAAAUGCAAAACUACGCGAGGGCUAGACGCGUCCGGGUCACAUUCCUAUCCGGAGAUGUCCACUGCGCUGCUGUUGGAAUGCUUAAAACUCUCCAUCAGGGCAAAGAACCACAGAUCCCGCCUUCCCAGGACUACCGCUACAUGUUAAACGUUGUAUCCAGUGCCAUUGUCAAUACUCCACCUCCCAAUGCAGUUCUAACAAUGGUCUCGUCUCUUGCAACGAAGACCCAUCGUACACUUCAUCACAUGCACACAGAUGAGACAAUGGUUCCGCUGUUUGAUCGAGAUCCGAACGGGCAGCCGGCUAAAAGCAAGUAUAUUAUGGGAAGAAGGAACUGGUGUGCCGCGGAUUGGGAUCCUUCCACAGGGGACCUCAUAUUCGACAUUCGAGUGGAGAUCGAGAAGGGGGCUGGGCGAACACACGGGUAUGUCGUACGAGCUCCGCCCCCGCGCUGGAAUGCUUGACAUCGCAACGCCUUGUCUUUCCGUCCUGCCGCUCUACAAAUACCCGAUCUCCGUCAUUGUGCCUAACUUAUCUAGUCGUCCAAGACGCUCCGUUC